AACUCGAGGAGCUAGCUUUUUAACAUGUGGCUGAUAUUCUAGCUCGUGCAUGAGAGACCGCUGUACCAAGACAUACUGAAUUAGCUAGCUAUGACUGUCGCUACAAACAAUACGAACCCUGUUCUCACGUCCCUACAAACCCUUCUACAACCAGACCCAGACCCUACCACCGCUGACGGAGGUGAUGUACAACAAGCUGCGGCCAUUUUAUCCGGGAAAGUAGAUACAUCCCUCAGCCUUCUCACAAGCACACCAUCCCUCCACUCACUAGCGUUAGAGGUGGUGGCCAAUGCACUCGUGUUCCAGUACACCCACACACGACCUGUCACUGGAGAGGGGGAGGAGUCUCUAUCAGGUCAGCUUGGUCAGGUGUGGCAGUUCCUAGACCACGCUCUCUCUCACUGUCCUCGCGGCUGGGCUGCCACUCUUUACAAGUGGUGCCUGAAGGUGUUGAGUCGGUUCACUCAAGUGCACGUACAAAGCUCACCUGCCACAGUGGAGGAAGCCAUGUCAAAAUGGCUAGGCCUUUCACUUCUUGCUCCAGUGUUCUCCUUCCUCAGGAGAUGCACCACUAUAUUAGUGGAGUCUGGACAGGUGGAGUAUUGCCUGGACAACCUCUUCCCUCUCUGUGCCCCUCAUGCCCCCAACCUCAGCUGGCUAUUAGCUCAUAUUGUGUCUCAGUACCCCUCUGAGAUGAUGCCCCUUCUCCUAGACCACACCCUCUCCUUUCCGUACCCUCCCGCCCUCCCACUAUCACAGCCCACCCCUCACAGCUUCACAUCCCUCACACAAGCACUCACUUUCCUCUCGCGUACCUAUCGGGACCAACUGAAGCAUGCUACUGUCGAGGCCCUCUCUAGAAUUCUAGACGGGGGAUCUGGUAGUGUACGGAUGAUGCUGAUAGUGGCCACUCAUUGCCCUCCACUCACUAAGUUCCUGGCAGCUGACUGUCUACAGUUCAUCACUUCUGCAAAGAUACGUAGCUUGAUGACGAAUAGAGACAAGGCCACACCGACUAAAGAGUCACAUGACAGUCACAUGACCAAGGUGGAGGAGGACCAAGACGAGGGGGAGAUACUCUCUGAUGAGGAGGAGAUGGACAGCAAGAGUCAGGGAGGACCACCCUAUGCCAUAUUGGAGGAGGUGGUUGGUCUGGUGUGUGGUCUCCUGGGGCAUCUGCGAGGGCCUGAGGCUGUGAGGGCACUCAACACUGUCAUGGACGUCUACCUCCACACCACCUCCUUCCUCAGGACUCAAGAGGAGCAUGUAGAGGAGGGAGAGAUAGUGCGGGAGUCACCCCUGGAGGCGGUAGUGGAAGGCUGUCGACGCGUCAUGUCCGACUUCCUGUCACGCCUCCACUCCUCCACUAGCCUCACACAACUCACACCCCAACAAGGAAGUGCAGGGGCGGAGGUAAACCGUGUGGUGAGUGUGGAGUGUGGACUUGUCGAGUGGGCGGAGAAACUACUGGAUCAUUUUAGAGAUGAAAACAACGACUGUCGUAUAUGUAUUUCGUGGUUGCAUGAGAUCAUCACUUGUGUGUGCACGUGUUCGUCAGAGCUGGUUGCCGGGAGACUCCUGGCACACCUCCUGUUACACUCCAACACUUCAGAUCAGCUGUCUCAAGUGCUAGACAUCUAUUGGGAGAUACAAAUCCGGCAUCCCCACCUUGCUGAGUCAGCUAUAUCAGCAGCCAUGGGCAGACUCCAGCGACUAAGCCACACUGCCAGUGACAGAGGAGGUGGUCUAGUGUUGUCCUUCGUAAAGAAUAUGCUGACAGUGCUGGAGGGAAUGGACACCUCCUCAGCAAGACAAUCCCAUACACGGGGUGCGUUUCUCUCGGCUCUCUCCCUCCAACUCCUCAACUUAGCUCAGUUGCUCCCAACCUCCCUCUCAAGUAACGCCUACCCACAGUUCCUGGUCAUCCUUAGACUGCUCCGCUGCAUUCUGAUUGGUCAAUCUAAGCUGGCGUCCAGAGAGGUCUCGUAUCAGAGUGCCUGCAAAUUGUUACAGGUCCUUUUUUCGUCUUUCUUUACUCUCCUCAAAAGCUCCACACAAACCACUCUGAAGGGAGGACAGACUGAGUUAGCUGUGGAGAUGUGCCUCGGGAAGUGCAGGGAUCUGAUUGGCUGGUGUGUUACGAAGGCCAACUCUGAUAUUUCCCACCCCUUACAGACCCUAGCCCACUCCACCAUCAUGGGGAGUAUACUGUCAGAGGAGAUCAGCUGUUAUUUCUCCAAGUCCAAGCUCUCACAAGCAAGGAUCCUUGACACCGCCCCCUCUACUCUGUCACACCCUCCACUCCUCACAGCUGGCAUUGGCCUGCGUCCGAGCUCUCUCUAUAGGCCAAAGUUCAACUCUCGGGAAGUCCGCCACUCGGGCACUCUCAGCUCCCGGCGGACUGGCCGUAACCAUAAAAACGAUCUUGACGAAGACUAUAUUGAAGUAGCAGUCAUCACAAAUACAAGCCACCUCCUCCAGUUACUCCUAGUCUUGACACCUCAUGACUCCAACCAAACCACCUCCAGUAGUCUGUCCAAUGCAACAACUGCCUUAGGCCCUACGCAGUGGUCUGGCAUCGAGGGCCUGGCUCACAUUUUCAUGGACGCAGUGGCCCCUACGAGUGGGGUGGAGCUUGUGCAGUGGCCCGAGGAGGACUCUCUCAAAUAUACACUGGAAUAUGAUCUGACCAUAAAGAGGAAGUUCGAUGAGACUCCGAUCUUGUGGCAUUUUCUUGUCCUAUUCUCGGAACAAAAUGGUCGCUCCCGUCCACUCGUCAUCUGUGGCUCACUCAUACGCAGCCUCCUCACAAUGCUGAGCCAGCACUGGCAGCGUUGUCGGUCGGACAGUGUGUCGUUGUUUCCAUGGGAACUGGAAAACUCGGUGUUACUAGUCGAGUGCUUAGCUAAGGCUGGAUGGAUUCCCGCCCCCCUGUCAUUUGUGGGGGAGCUGUUUCCAGCUGUCUCCACCGGAGAGGUCUAUCUCCUGUUAGCAGCUGUACACACUUUUUUGAAGGAAAAUUUCAAACAAAUUUUGAGUGGGGCACCAAUUAACAGCUGCAAAGACACUGGUUACAAGGAGGUGAUCAAGUCCACCCUGCUCAACAAUAUUAGUCGUCUGGGUCACCUAUAUCCUCGCUACAAUGAGUACUGCUCUGAACACAAUGGCAUAGACAAUUAGACAAUUAUUUUGUUAUCACAACGUUUGUUGACAUUAAAAAGUGAAAAAAUAUAAGUUUUUGUUCCACCAGG